UGCAAAGACAAAUUUAGCUGCAAACAAUCGUCAGUUCAACAGUUUUUGAGUUUGUAAAAGAUAAAUUUCUUUUUAGCUGUUUUGGGUUUCAAAAGCAAAUCUUUUACUGCAAGAAAGCAGAUAGAUUGCACAAAAUGGAGGAAGAAGCAAAGAGAAGGAGAAGAGAGGUAGGGAGCAGAGUACUGGACAAGGUAGGAGAAGUAAUUUCAGCAAUAAAGACUGCCAAACACGUUGACCAAGUCAUUUGCUCUCUUCACUCCCUCGCUGUCCUUCUUUUCCCUUUAGAUCCCUCUCUAAUCUCAGGCAGUCUUGACGAGGGUUACAGAGAACAGGUCCUUAAUGCUAAUAUACCUUCUGCAGAAGAGAGAGAAGAGUGGUGGCAAGCAUUCUACAGAGGAGCUGCAUUUCCGACAUUAGCGCGGGUUUUGUUAUUUGAUGUUGCUUCCAAUUGGUUACCUUGUUUCCCCUAUUCAGCGAAGGAACGUGUAUAUGAUGCUUUCUUUGUUAGCGGACUUUCCACAGAGGUUGUUCAGAUUUUAGUUCCUUGCUUACAGCCGAAUGGAAAUGACAAUCUUGAUGUUAAUGCUGUCCAAUCAAAUUCUGAAAGGUUACUUCUCCUCUGCUUUCUUGAAAAUGAUGGAGUGGUGCAAAUGGCCAGAGAAUUUGGCAGUGCACACCAAUCUUCAGAUUUUACAAGUGCACAGCUCAAGCCAGUUUUAUCUAGGGUGGCACAGAUUGUUGCAUCUAUUCCUGAUAAAGCACGACCAAAAGCCUCCACUUCACUUUCAUCACAUUUUUUCUUCAAGCAUAUUACCUUACAACUUCUGGAUGAAGUACAAGAAAGGGUAAAGAAUCUGCCUAAGGAGGCUAUCUUCAAUGAGUCUGGCAGUGAUGUUACAAUGCUAUUUGUUGGGGAAACAUUUUCUCGCAUAUGUCGACGUGGUUUUUCAGAUGUGCUGUUAGGUGAAGUAAUCCCUCAGGUUCUUGGAGAUGUUCAGUGGUGCUUGUCAUCAUGUUCUGAUCCAGCAACAGAAGAAGUGUUCGAGGCAAACCCCAGAUCCCAAUUUUGGUUAAGGAUGAUGGAAGCAAUUAAUGAUUCCUAUGCUGUAGAAAGAAUGUCUGAACAACUUUUGCACCAGCUAGCAAUUGAACAAGCAACAAAUAUUGAAGCUUACUGGACUCUUUGGAUACUGUUUAAUCGUGUUAUUAAAAAUCAACCAUCAGUCAGGUCCAUGUUUGUUUACAAAUUUCUACUUUGGAAAGUAUUUCCUAUUUGUUGCCUACGAUGGAUUAUUCAAUUUGCUGUGCUUGAAUGUCCACCAGUUGCUAAUUCACUCACGAAAGGUUGUGAUGCCCAUGUUCUCUUAGACACAGUGCAGCGUCUGGUGGCAGCAUGGUCUAAAAGGGAGUUUGUGCAAUCAGCCCCAGUAGAGCAGCAAGCUUAUGUAACUGCUGCUAUAGGUCUUUGUAUGGAGCUGAUGUCAAAAGAAGAACUGGAUAAGUCUAAGGAUGUGAUGCACUCAAUUCUUCAAGGAGUUAGCUGUAGGCUGGAGAGCCCUACUCAUUUGAUUCGGAAAAUGGCUAGCAAUAUUGCUUUAGUGUUCUCUAAAGUGAUUGACCCCAAAAAUCCUCUAUACCUUGAUGAUAGUUGCAUUGAUGAGACCAUUGACUGGGAGUUUGGAUUGACUAAACCUGAGAAGAGGGCUCUGCCCUCCUCAAAUGAGAAUGACGAAGCAAAAACGUUGACCAUCUCAGAGCCAGAAAAGGACUUGAACUAUUCAAGAAAUAAUGGAAUAGGCAGGAACAAUAAGGGUGAAAACAAGAAAGCUUCUCAAUUUAAGUUGGUUGACCCGGAUGAGAUUAUUGAUCCGGCUACCCUAAAUUAUGGAUCAGCCUCUGAUAGAGACGAGGAUGAUGAAGCAUGUGAGAAUUCUGAUUCCUCAAGUGAUUCAUCUUUACAGCCAUAUGACUUGACGGAUGAUGAUACAGAUCUGCAAAAAAAAUUUACACAGUUGGUUGAUGUGGUUGGAGCCCUGCGGAAAUCUGAUGAUGCUGACGGGGUAGAGAGGGCUCUUGAUGUUGCUGAAAAGCUUGUGCGAGCUUCACCUGAUGAGCUUACUUAUGUGGUAGGUGAUCUUGCUAGAACCCUUGUACAGGUUCGUUGCUCUGAUUUGGCUGUAGAAGGUGAGGAAGAAUCAGUUGAAGAAAAGAGGCAAAGAGCAUUGAUUGCCUUGCUUGUCACAUGUCCUUUCCAAUCUUUAGAUACUCUAAACAAACUCUUAUAUUCCCCAAAUGUUGAUGUCAGCCAACGCAUAAUGAUUCUGGACAUAAUGACUGAAGCUGCUCAGGAGCUUGCUAAUGCUAAGAGUAUGAAACCUAAACAUCAAUCAACGGUCCUCAUAUCAACUAUAUCAGAGAAUCAACCCUGGUUCUUGCCUAGUAGCUCAGGACCUCCCGGAGCUGGUGCUUGGAAAGAGGUAUCAGAAACUGGAACUCUAUUAAACUAUUCAAAUCGUUAUGAGAGAGAACUUCCCCCUAAACCUGGUCAGAUCAGAAAAGGGAAGACUCGUCGUUGGAGCCUUAGAACACCAAAUAUGCAGGAAAACCAGUUAGAAUGGACCCAAAAUAAGUUUCCUAUUUAUGCAGCAGCAUUUAUGCUUCCUGCCAUGCAGGGUUUUGAUAAGAAACGACAUGGUGUUGAUUUGCUUGGUAGAGAUUUUAUUGUCCUAGGGAAACUCAUCUACAUGCUUGGUACUUGUAUGAGAUGUGCUUCCAUGCAUCCAGAAGCAUCUGCAUUGGCUCCGCCUCUUCUAGACAUGUUAAGAUCCAGGGAGAUAUGCCAUCAUAAAGAAGUAUAUGUCAGAAAAGCUGUCCUUUUUGCCGCUUCCAGCAUAUUGGUGUCACUUCAUCCAUCCUAUGUUGCAUCUGCCAUAACAGAAGGAAACCUUGAAGUUUCUAAAGGGCUUGAAUGGAUUCGCUUGUGGGCCCUUGACAUAGUUGAAUCCGAUGUAGAUAAAGAGUGUUAUAUGAUGGCUAUGUCAUGCCUCCAACUUCAUGCUGAAAUGGCUCUCCAAGCUUCCAGGGCGAUAGAGACCGCAGAAACUACAUUCAAGGCAAAGAAUGUUGGUCUGCCUUCCAUUUUGUCCAAGGGGACAAUCAGAAUCCCAUUCUCAAAUGUGGAAUACUAGAUGAAUUGAUCUUCUUUGUUGUUUUGUACAUUUUAUUAAGUUUAUUAGAAAUUCUUGCGAGUUAUUAUUCAUUUUGCUGCAAAGUGGAAUGAGGAGGCAAGAUAAUGCCACUGUCAACUGUAUACCAGGUUACAUUUGCGAUAAAUCAUAUUGUGAGGUCCAAAUGUGGAAGCAGGUUAAUAUUUUGCCAGUUAUUUGACAUUUACAGUUAAAUGUUUCUAAGUUUUAA